AUGGUGGUUAUUGGUGUUGGUGAUGCUCUUUCUGUUGCUAUUGUCAUUGUUGCUGCUAUCGCUGCUGCUGUCGUUGUUGUCGCUGCUGUUUUUGUAACUGCUGAUUUUGCCGCUGCCGUUGUCGUAGUUGCCGCCGCUGUUGUUGUCACUGUCGCUACUGUUGCUGCUGUUUCUACUGAUGGCGUCGUUGUUGUUGCUUUCUUUGUCGCUGCUAUUUUUGUCUUUUCUGCUCUCAUUGUCGAGAUUUGGGUGUGGCCUUCAACUUGGAGUGAUUCACUGAAAGAACUCUAA